AGCAACAUGAAAAUGGGAAACCAAAGUGUCAUCUCAGAGUUCCUCCUCCUGGGUCUGCCUAUUGAGCCAGAGCUGCGGGACCAGUUCUAUGCCCUGUUCCUGCUCGUGUAUGUUACCACCAUCCUGGGGAACCUGCUCAUCAUCAUCCUCAUUCGCCUGGACUCCCGCCUCCACACGCCCAUGUAUUUGUUUCUCAGUAACUUGUCCUUCUCUGACCUCUGCUUCUCCUCUGUCACAAUGCCCAAACUGCUGCAGAACAUGCAGAGCCAGGUCCCGUCCGUCCCCUAUGCCGGCUGCCUUGCCCAGAUGUACUUCUUCUUGCUUUUUGCAGACCUGGAGAGCUUCCUCCUGGUGGCCAUGGCCUAUGACCGCUAUGUGGCCAUUUGCUUUCCCCUGCACUACACCACCAUCAUGAGCCCCAAGCUCUGUCUCUCCCUGGUGGUGCUGUCCUGGGUGCUAACCACUUUUAUCUCUUUAUUGCACACGCUACUCAUGGCUCGGCUGUCCUUCUGUGCUGAUAAUGUGAUUCCUCACUUUUUCUGUGACAUGUCAGCUCUGCUAAAGUUGGCCUGCUCUGACAUUCAUAUAAAUGAAAUGGUGAUAUUUAUUUUGGGAGGGCUUGUCAUUAUUGUUCCAUUCCUGUUGAUCUUUUUAUCCUAUGCACGGAUUGUGUCCUCCAUCCUCAGGGUCCCUUCUGCCAGGGGCAUCCGCAAGGCCUUCUCCACCUGUGGCUCCCACCUCUCCGUGGUGUCUCUCUUCUACGGGACAAUCAUUGGCCUCUACUUGUGCCCUUCAGACAACAACUCUACUGUUAAGGAGACUGUCAUGGCCGUGAUGUACACUGUGGUCACCCCCAUGCUGAAUCCCUUCAUCUACAGCCUGAGGAAUCGGGACAUAAAGGGAGCCUUAGGAAGAGUAUGUUCCAAAUGGACGAUUCAGCUUUCUCUGGGACAGGGACUCUAA